AUGCACACCUCUCUCCCCCUCCUAUCUGGGCUCCUCGCCCUUCCCCUUACCCUGUGUACCCACCUCCGCCUCACAAUCCCCUCCUCGCCAGCGCUCCAACACCCCUCGACCCUCCCGCCCUCGACCCAUGCAACUCUCACGACACUCUCGCACAGCUACUCCGCACCUCUAACAACCUACAACGCCUUUGACUUCCGCAACGUCUCGUCUGGCAGCUACCUGCUCGAUGUGCAUUGCCACACGCACGCGUUUGCGCCGCUGCGCGUCGACGUCUCGGAUUCCGGGGCCGUGGGAGAUGUGAAGGACGAAGUGCAGGUCUGGGGGACGUUCAGGGGGAACGAGUGGAACAAUAAGGGGGAGAAGGUGGAAGUUAAGGGGGUGGAGGAUAGAGUUGGCGUGUGGGGGUUGGAAGCGAAGGUGCUGGGGAGGAAGGAGUAUCUUGUUGAGAGGGUUGGCUUCUCGCCCGUUUCCAUCUUGAAGAACCCGAUGAUUCUCAUUGCGGGCGCGAGCAUGCUCCUGGUGUUCGGCAUGCCGUAUCUUAUGGAUAACAUGGACGACGAGUUGAAGGCCGAGCUGGAAGCGAGACAGAAGGGACCUGCCGCCUCGGCUGCGCCGAACCCGCUCCAGAACUUCGAUGCUGCGGCUUGGCUAGCUGGGUCGAGCACGCCGAUGAAGACAGAGACGCCUGUUGAGAAGGGGAUUACGAGAUGA